GACAGCGUCGUUAAAGUCCCAUAAUUGUCAUUCGUUAAAUAUCGCCCGUCACGUACCGCGGAGAAGCGUCUAGAUCUCGCGUCUUCGCUUAGCAAUUCGUCCGAUGGCGAAGGAUAAUGCCCGGCCGACCGAGGAAUCCGGUGCGCUCGAGGCCGAGAAGAAGCUCGACAGGUCGGGCUGCCCGAGUCGCCCGCGAGAUCAGAGAGGAGGACCCAGGGUCAAGAACAAGCCCGAAGAGGGUCGACUCCCGACCCCGCCUCCGGAUCCGCAGUGUCCACCUGCGGUUGCACUCGCAUCACGGGAUCAUCGCUCGGGGGUAACAUCCCGCGGACCCGAAGAGGAGGAGGAAGAUCUCGCGGCUUACCUCGGCGAGCUCGGCGCGUCGCCGUUCGAGGGCCAAUCGUUCGACUACGACACCACACCGAAUUCAGCGACCUCGGCGAUGGGCGGCGACGCGACCCCUUGCACCGAGGAGGCGUUCGAGCACCUGGACCGACUGUGCGCGCUGACGGAGCAGAUCCUGGAGCUGCGUACACGAAGCUCCGAGUACUUUCGGCGCGUGCGGAAUCUGGAGCGCGCGAAGGUGCAGCGAAAUGCCAAUCGGCGGCUGGAGAUCGCUCUGGCGAACGGCGAGGAACUCUAUCAUGAUUUCGUUGACGAGGACACCGGCUUCGCGGAAUCGCUGCUGGACGCGAUGCUGUCGAACUGCCGGGAUGCCGCGUCCUCGACGCCCAGAAGGAACGAGCGUUCGGCCGUGCGAUCGUCCGCGUCGUCGUCAUCGUCGUCGUCGAGACAGCGAAGCCGAUCGCUCGUGCCGGUCGAGCAGAAUCUCGGAUCGCGCCUGGUCGAGCAGACGGUCGAGGUAGAUAAAUGUGCCGCUAGGAAUGCUAGUCGCAACGGUGGUCCGAAGGUGAGCAAGUGGACCAGGGUGAAGGCGGCCUUCAAAUGGGAGCGCGCGUGCACGAACGAUCUCGCGGACAUCGCGGAAUCGGAGUCGGCGCCGGCGACUACGUCCUCGCCGCCGACUACGAGGUAUCUGCGAAUCCCGGAUGCAACCACCGCCGCCGGAAGCUGGAGCACCGGAUCGACGACGCUCUCGCCCUGUACCAGCGAAGUCUCCAGCCCGUCUACCCCGAUCGGCAGAGUAUCGUCCGCGUCGUCGUCCAACGACGAGGUGUUUGACGAUUCGCGCAAAAAUGUCGUGAACUAUCCGGACCGACAGUCGCCUUUCGUGAAGGACGAUAAAAAAAGAGACGAUCCAGAUCGAUACGGUCGAUCGCUCGAUCGCGACACUUCUGUCACAGAGAGCGUCGAUUCCAUAGAAUCUCCUAGUGAGGCUAAUCGCGGUAAACCACUGAUUCGCAUUAUAUCGGAUGCGGAUGCGGCAGUACAUGCUGCGAGCGGAAGCGGGAAAGAUCCGGAAUCGCCGAAGAGACCGAUGCCGAUUCUGACGAUCACGAUACCAUCGAACGAGGAGGAAAUCAGAAGCUUGUCCUCCCCCGAAUCGAUGUCUCCUCUUCCGUCGAGCGCGCAGGAUUCCGGCGGAAGCUCGCCGCAACGUCCCCGAAUGCGACCAGACAUUUUCUACCUUAAGGAAUUCAAACGACAGUAUUCGACGAUCGAGGAAGCGGUAACGCCAACGCCAAAGAUACAACAGCAAGAUUCGAAAUGGAACAAGGUCAGACGCGCCUUUCUGACAAACGCCACCUUCAGCGUUCCUCCAAGUCCGAUUAGAUUGAUCGCGCCGCAAUCGUUCCCGAACGAUGAUACGCGCCGAGCUCGCAGCUGUAGCGAAAGCGUCGAGGAUCUCGGUAAAACCGUUGCAGGUACCAACAACAACGGCAACUAUCGGGAAGCGCGCAGAGAUUAUCAGGCGCUGCGGGAGAAGUUCGGCGCCGAGUUCCAUCGGAAGCUGAUCGAGUGGGAGCGGCUGAAGGGCGGUCCGCAGAACGUUCGCAACGGCCUGCCGUUGAACGAGGAGCGGCUCGCGCCCGAGUUUCGGAAGAAGCUGCAGGAAUGGAAGCGAGCGAAGAAAGGUCGUCGGUCCAGCGCGGCCAUCGAGCAGCAGCGCGUCAGCCGUCGACGGUUGACCGACUGGCAGCUCUGGCGCACCUCCUCGAAACCUGAGCCCAGGUGUUACGGCAAAAAUCAGAGCUCAAUCGGCUCGCGCGGAAGCUGCGCGAGUAUCGGCAGCGCGGGCAGCUUCGGCAGCGAUGGGAAGCAGCAUCUCUGCGAAGAUUUCAUCAAGAGGAUGGAGGCAUGGAGGAGGAUGAGCGAGGCUGCCUGUCGAAGCGACAGACCGAAAUCACCGACGACGAUGAAUCGUGUUGCGUCCGACAUCGACGAAACGGAGUUUCUCGCUUUGGAAAAGCUGCUGUUGCUAUUCGGGCAAAGGACCAGGAAGGAACUUCGAGAGAGUGAUGCGAGGCAGCUGAACGAUUGCUUCGACGGCGACUCGAGAUUCAUGGCUGCAUCUCGAGGCGACGAAGUGUUGAUCCGUACGUCAGUUGGCUCUUACCGUUUUGAGGGUAUAUCUCGAGAGUUUACGAGAAAGCUGUACGACUGGGAGAAGUACCGCGGGAUAUCACCGAGAUCCUCCACGUUCCGCCUCUUGGGGCCGGGCUACACGCCGUUCGCGCAAGAUUCGGACGAAGCUGCAUUGGCAGAACCAAACAAGAAUGCAUUCCACUGGACUCUAAAACGAUCCAAGUCUGACGGCAGCAUCUUCGAAGGUAGCCUUCGUGACGAAUCGUUCACGCUACGUCGCUCCGCGAGUCUCCAAUCUCUCACUUCUGCGGACAAGCUCGAAGACGAUACACGGAUGGACAUUUUGCCGGUAUCUAAUAAUUCGCAGAGGAUCAAAGAUCCAGAGGAUAUAGCGGUGGAGGACUCCGAGCCAGAGGCGAUGAUCGUCGAUAUCGAGGACGUUAUCGAGGAGACCGCCAGUCCCUUGACAGGAGUACAACCCCAUCAAACGCCGGUGUACUCCGUCGCGGCUAGCGAAACAACCAGCAUCGCCGUUCCUCUGGGCACAGUUACAUCGAGCCACGAGCCCUCGCCAGUGUUUCUGGUCAAGACCGAAGGGGAUGAAGACUGCGAACGAUGGAAUAGCGGGAAACUCGAGUCGGAAGCUUUCUCGAGAGAGAACAGUCCAAGUCCGGAAUACUUUCCAGGGUCCGAUGACUGGCGCGAAAAAGCGACGUCUUUGGACGAGGACAAGCCGAGCUGGGAGCCGAGCUGGUGCAAGGAAAGCAAGGAAGACAACGACUCCGCGGGUUGGACCGAGAAGAAGCGACGCUCGAUUCCGGAUUCCGGCGAUUCUGUGAAGUCCGAUCGUUCGAUCGGAUGGAAUCGAGACACUUGGGACGAGUCGGGCGACGAAGCGAAUAGAGAUUCGACAGAGCUCGAAUUACACUCUACACCCACUUGCGAGAGUAAAAAUGAUACAAGAAAACAAGAUUUUUUUGAAAGUGAUAACGUCAGAUCUACGGACUUCGCGAAGAGCCUCGAAACCUCAUCGACGGCUUCGAAUGCGGAAGAAUUUAUGGACCCACCGCACACGUGCAAGGGGAUGGACGAGACGUGUCAGGACGAGACGUGUGAGGAGAAGCUCGAGGAUCUAGCGGACGAAUCAUCGAACAACGAGGGCACGAGCGACGCAAAGGACCUCCAGGAUGACGAAGGCGACGACGAGAAGGCCAAACGGGGCGAAAUAAUUCUCAACGCGGAUUUUUGCGCGUAUCAACUAACAAGUACGGUACCAUCGUCGGGCUGCUGCGAUUCCAAGGAAACUUCACUGAAAAUAUCGAAUUUGAAGUUAGACGAUAACAAAGAUGCAUCGGAAUGCGGCGGCGUCGAUAGCGAAAGCGAGGCUUCGGCGCAUUAUGAGAGUUGCGGUUCGCCCGAGUUGCAGACCGACGCGGAUCGGCAUUACGAGAUUCUCACGUUUAAAACCGACACGUGCGGCGAUACGAUGGACAAUGGCUUGUACGAGCCAGUUGAUUACCACGAAACACGCGGCUCCUGCUACGAUAGCAGAAGCAACUGCGUAAAGGAGAUUUCUUCGUCAUCGAGAUUGACGGAAGUGAAGAAGGCAAAUCUACUGGAAACUUCGAGAGAUCUCCUGAUCAACUCGACCGUUCAGACUGUCCCUGUAACAAUCUCGAGGAACAACGAUGCGCGCUGCUUAGAGAGAAUUCUUAUCAACGAGGAAACCUUGAACAAGAUCGUUGUUCCCACGGCGUGCGCGGAAAACGAGACGAGAUCUACCGAGAAAAUUCGAAAUCGUUUUGCAAGCAUGAAUCGCACCGAUGAGACCGCGGUCGUCAACAAUCACGCGUCUAAAAGAGUAAUUCGCGAUCACGAAGUCGAGAGCGUUAAAAAGGACGGUUCUUCUACUAGAAACGUCUUCGUGAAGACGAAGCGCAUGAUCUUCGGCCCGUUUCGGCGAUCGGAAGACCGACCGUCGUCGAGAAAGCAGAGCGACAGCUCCAUCGACGGCCGGCUUCCACGUUCGUCGAAAUCCAAGAGUAAAUCUAGAUCGGCGUCGCCGAAAUCGUGCCGACAGGACGCUCUGCUGCGGGUUUCGCUGUCGCUGCCGUGGCCUCUACGCUCCACGUCGAAGGAGGGUGAGAUUACCUCCAAAACUGAGUCCAGGAGAAACUCGGAAAGCAAGGCGGAAGAUGCGACAACGAUCCAGGACAAAAAUUCAUUAUGCGAAGAGAGUAAUGUGGAAAAUAAGAGACUAAACAAGCAACUAAGUAACAAAGAGCUACCAUUUAUUGACGUAGAUGAAGAAGAAAAUUGUCCAUCAGAUACAGAGUUCGCGACCGCGCCGAUAAACGCGUGCUCGAUCGCGACACGAAUUUCUGAGCAACGGGAGAAAUCAAAAUCAACAAUGAUCGAGCGGGAUCAAAGCGUACGUCGAAUGCGAGGUGAGCUUAAACGCGGUCAGACGCAGGACGAUGCAGAACGCGACAAGAUCGAGAAUAGUCAAGUGCAAUUCGAUGGAAAGUACAACAGGGGACGAAGUCUCAGCCAGAAGCGAGAAGAAGGAUGGCGAGAGAAACAGGACGAAGCGAGGCAGCAAGACGAGAAUCACGCGAGGAGCGACGCGGUACCGUCGGAUCUGAUGCACAAGCUCAGAAUACUUUCGGACGCCGCGGCGAAGAGGGAAGGUCGCGCGACGACAGCGGAAUCAUCCGUGGUCAACAGUUUGGAGUCGCGUUCCUCCAGGAUACGACGCGCCAAGGAGAGCUUCCUGUCGCGGCGGGGCGGUCCUUUCUGUCGCUCCGAAUCGACGGAUGCUAUCGCCAGCUCCGAAAAUAAUCCUUGGAGGCGAACGUCGACGACUCGGAUAUCGACAACCACGGAAAUGUCGGGGCCGAGCGAGAUCGCGAUGAACUCGAGAUCUGCUUCGAUCUCGGGAAAAUCGGAAGACAUGAGAAAACGAGAGGAAGCAACGUCGUCGACCGCGGAGAACGAAAUCGUUUCUCCGAUCGAGGACAAGAUCGACGCGCGCCAGGUAGAAGAGCAAGCGAUCGACGUUGCCGUUCGAUCCGAUUCCCUUGUGAAAUCGGCGAGCGCCGGCAUGAUCAAUGUGGAUCCCGACACGUUCGAUCGUUUGGUCACGGUCGAUCGCGGAUGUGAGUCUCUACCGAGGGCCAUUGCGAAGCGCCGCGACUCCUCGAGCCCGCUGGCGAAGAUUGUCGGCAAACUGAAGCUUUCGCGAUUGAUUCGCGCCCGGAACGUCGACGGAGGUAGCAUGAGCACGAUCACGACGUUGUGCAGACAGAGUCUGCUGAUCGAUAUGAGAAAUCGACGAAGUAACGAGCGGGAGAUUGAGAACGAUCCGGUUGAGGAUGAUACCGAUGACGACCAUUCGGGGGAAUCUUCUAAGACGAUUCACGAGUGAAUCCGUUCUCUAAUCGAGAUUAUUUACGUCGUAUUCCAGGUGUUUGUAAAUUUUUUUUAAAUCUGUCUCUUAAGUUUGCGCUUUGGUCUUAUAACAACGUAAAGGUAUUAAUCAGUAAUAUAAUAGCCUACGAGAUAAUUAGAAA